CACAGCACUCCUGGUACAAGCGAGGAAACCGUGGUGCACAAAUGGCUGCGCUUUCACUUUGGUCUGUAUGGAAGCGUGAGAGCCAACGAGUUAGCCCGUGCUAAAAGUGGAAACAAGAAAGGAGACUGGAAAGACCCAACUCCCAGAUUAAUUGUCCACUUUGAUGGUGGGGGAUUCUUGGUAUUCUACAACUGCCGAAUGACAUGGUGCUCUUGUCCGUUUGUGGAGCCAACUUGUGAUAUCUUGUGUCCAGAGUUUGAUAAGGAAAAGGCCCUUCGUGCCCUCUCCCAACCCAGACCCGUCUGCAUCACCCUGAUGGAUCAAUCAAUCUUCUCUGGAGUAGGUAACAUUAUUAAGAAUGAAAUCCUAUACUUGGCACGUGUCCAUCCUCUGUCAUUGGGUUCUUUUCUUCCUGUGGAGACCCUGGUUGCUCUGAUAGACCAUGCUGUGACCUUCACUGCUGAUUGGCUGAAUAACAAGAUGAAGAGGAAAGCACUGCACUACCACAUCUACAUGAAGGAGCAAUGUGAAAAUGGCCAUCAAGUGGUCAAAGAGGCCAUUGGCCCAACUUUUGGGCUGAAGAGGCUGACCUGGUAUUGUCCUAUAUGCCAGAAACUGGCCAAGUCUGGAGAUGCUGUGCCACUUGCCCUGGAGUAA